UUCUGUCUAGAUUUGCAAGUCCUAGUGUUGAUUAGUGUAUAGAGACCCUCCAAUUUUUCUUACUGGUGUAAGCGGUACUCGCGGAUGGAUCUACACCGUCAACUGCACGGUUGCAUCAGAACCUUCAGGAAGACGUCCUGUCGCUCAGCGUCAUGUCACCGAACGCCAUCAACGCUACGAGCAGGGAAGGGAACGCCUACAUCGGUUUCCUUCCGGGAGCCUCCAAGGCGCCGCUCCCGUUCGUCUCCGUCCGAACAUUCACGAGGGAGGCAGGACACGUCGCCACGACUGCUGCCACGACCCCGACACGUGCGCUGCAUGCGGCCGAGACGGGGUUCUUCUUAACCGAGGCUCGGCGGCUCGCCUUCAAGGCAUCGCCGGUGGGAAGGGUUCGAAUUCCGAGGAGAGCGUCACCAUCGAAAGAUGCCGGGGCUGACGAUCGGAGACACCGUAGCUGACCUGGAGCUGGAGACCACCCAGGGGAAGAUACGGAUCCACGACUACGUCGGCGAUGGCUAUUGCAUCGUCUUCUCCCACCCCGCUGACUUCACGCCGGUGUGCACCACGGAGCUGGGGAUGAUGGCGAAGUACGCGCCGGAGUUCGAGAAGAGAGGGGUGAAACUGCUCGGCUUAUCGUGCGACGACGUAGAGUCCCACAAGGAAUGGAUCAAGGACGUGGAGGCUUACACGCCGGGGAGCCUCGUGACGUAUCCGAUUGCGGCGGACCCAAAGAGGGAGGUGAUCAAGCAGCUUAACAUGGUGGAUCCCGACGAGGAGGACGCCAGUGGAAACCAGCUUCCGUCGAGGGCACUGCAUGUUGUCGGACCAGAUAAGAAGGUGAAGCUGAGCAUGCUGUACCCGGCGUCGACGGGGCGGAACAUGGACGAGGUGUUGAGGGUGGUGGACUCACUGCAGACGGCGGCGAAGCACAAGGUGGCGACGCCGGUGAACUGGAAGCCGGGGGACCCGGUGGUGAUCUCGCCCAGCGUGUCGAACGAGGAGGCCAAACAGAUGUUCCCGCAGGGGUUCGAGACCACGGAUCUGCCGUCCAAGAAGGAGUACCUCCGCUUCACCCAAGCUUGAUGCAUGUGGUCAUGGUCAUGGUCAUCGCUGUUACGCUAUUGUGGUGAGCAGUAGUGUAUAUGAUGAGCGGUGUCGGAUUGUUGUGUCGCUGUGUCUGUGGGUUGUCAGUCUCUCUUCCUAAUACUCUCUCUCUUUCUCUCUCUCUCUCUCUCUCUCUGUGUCGCUCAUGUUUUUUGCAGAGUUCAAUAAUCAAAAAGCGUUACGUUAACUAUA